UUGAGUGCUGUGGCGACGAGGUGCUAGUGGAGUCGUCGCCGCCCGCCUCGCCGGUCAUGGCGGCGCGGCUCGCUCAGCCUGCGCAGGGAGCGGGCGCGGGCGGCGGCGCGUCGCCGAGCGCCGUGCGGGAGCUCAUCGUCAUACCGGAGAUCUCUAACACCAUCAGCUUGCAGCAGGCCAUACAACAGGUGUCAAGCACGGUUGUGGAAGUGAACGGAGAUAGCUCCGGCCACUCGAGCCCUACGACCGAGGCCCGGCACACAUACAUCACUGUAGCCAUGCAGGAUGAAUGGCAGAACGAGAUCGGCCCAUUGCCCGUCAAGGCCGAGAUCCACAGUGACCAAGAAAGCGAGGGCAGUAAUGGGGUCAACUAUCAUGUGCAAUACGUGGAGCCUCAAGAGAUCUACACCCAGGGCCAUGAGACUCAUAUGGAAACCCUACGCUCCUAUCCCGUGUAUGGCGUCGCAACGGUCAACGCGGCCGAGCAGCCUACUGAGUCGUGGAGCGCCGAUGAGUUCUCGUACAGCGUGGUCGCGGGCACGGAUGAAGCCACGUCACCUGCGCCCGCUCCCACUACACCGCCACAGCCGCGCAUGCCGCCCGCCACCGUGCAAUGGCUGCUCGACAACUAUGAGACUGCCGAUGGCGUAUCUCUGCCCCGAUCGACUCUCUACGCGCACUACCUCCGACACUGCGCGGCCCAUCGACUGGACCCAGUGAACGCGGCUUCGUUCGGCAAGCUGAUCCGGUCCGUGUUCGUCGGCCUGCGGACAAGGAGGCUCGGCACGCGCGGCAACUCCAAGUAUCACUACUACGGCAUCAGGGCGAAAUCUAGCGUUCCCGCUUCGCCGCCGCCCGAUCCUAACGACGAGAAGGCUGAUGUCCAAGAUAUGCAGGAGCCGCGCUCGCGCUCGGCCGAGCCCCCGCCGGCCGCCGGCGGCGUGCCCGGGCUCGCGCACCGGCAGUACCUCGGCGCCGUGGUGGCCGCCUCGCCGCCCGCGCCGCCCCAGCUGCCCGCCGCCGCCGCGGACGACCUGCCGCCGUCCUCUCUCACUGCGCUACAGGACCACCACCGUGAGCACGGCGUCGAAUUCCUUGAGGCCGUGGCGGCGCUCGACAUAGCUGCCGUGGAGCGCUCCCGCCGCAACUUCUGGCGGAGGCCCCCGCCCGCUCUGUGCCGCCGCGUGCUGUACCGGCUAGCCGCACGAAAGGACGUGGCCGCUUGGUUGCGCCGGGCGGACCUUGAGCUGUACCAGCGGGCCGUGGAGCUGCUCCUGCCCGACGUGCUCCGCCCCAUACCGCCGCAGCUUACGCAGGCAAUCCGCAACUUCGCAAAGAGCCUAGAGUCGGCGCUAGCGGCGGGGUCGGGCUGCGCGCCGACGGCAGCGAGCCGCGCGCAGGCGUCGGCGGCGGCGGCGCUGGCGGCCGCGCUGCGCCGCUACACCUCGCUCAACCACCUCGCGCAGGCCGCGCGUGCCGUGCUCGCCAACCAGCACCAGAUCCAGCAGAUGCUGUCGGACCUGAACCGCGUGGACUUCCGCGUGGUGCGCGAGCAGGCGGCCUGGGCGUGCUCGCGCGGCAGCGCCGCCGCCGCGCACCGCCUCGAGGCAGACUUCAAGGCGACACUAGGCCGCGGGGCAACGCUAGAACAAUGGGCAGCGUGGCUGGAAGGGUGCGUUCGCGGCGCGUUAGCGGCCCACGAGCGCCGACCGGAUUACACGGCACGAGCCCGUCGCUUGCUGCUCGACUGGUCGUUCUACUCAUCGCUAGUCAUACGCGAGCUUACGCUAAGAUCGGCGGCGUCGUUCGGCUCGUUCCACCUGAUCCGCCUGCUGUACGACGAGUACGUGUCGUACCUGAUCGAGCGGCGCGUGGCGCAGCACCACCGCGCGCCGCCCAUCGCCGUCAUGCAGCGCGCGCCUGAGGAAGAGGAAGACGUAGCCGAAGAAGCACCCCGGGAUGAAGAGGAAGAGGGCGAGGGGGACUGGGACUGGGGCGACGACGACGAGGAGGAAGACGAGCCGCUGCCCUGCAAGAAGGCCAAGCUGCCGGAGUAACGGCCUACGUAAUCAGUGCUCCGGGGCCGGUGGGUCAAGUAAACCCUUCAACCUUAACACGAAAGUGGACGACCGCCCCAAAACCGCCUUUCCAUACAAACAUAUUCCGCAUUUUCCUUUCUGGAUAUUACUUACUUGGCUGCCGCGAUGAACCAAAAUGAGUCUUGGCCUCCAACACAAAAGCACGCCACUGCUCCGUCCAGUGGUAUCUAGCCUGCUUUCGCCGACGCAGAGUUCGCGGAGAUCUGCCUCCACUCUAUCCGCCCAACGUUAUUGAGGAUGACCCACAGGACGGAGUCCAGUUGGUCGCCCCAAGUCCCCUUUCGACUGCCCGAUCUUCACUCAUCCUUUCGAGGUGGCCAAGCCAGCGCAGCGGACACGAUGUUCUUUGGUCUCACCUAUUAUAUUCGGCUCGGCUAUUAGUUGUUCUAUUUCGGCAUUCUUUCGGACCCUCCAAAUGUCAUCUGGAUAUCAACCUAAUUGAAAAUAUUUUGACACAACUUGAUGUAUAUCAAACACACCUAUGCCCGAUCGUUGGAUUUUUAUCGAUUUUCAUUAUUAUAAGAGUUAGCUUUUAAAAGUUUGUAUGUAAUUUUCCCUCCUAAAUUUUAUAAUUAAAAAAUCGCUGUGUUUAAAAUACGUCAUAUUGUGGAAAAAUAUUUUCCAUAAUGACAUUAUCCAGGGAGGAACAUGAGGACUACGUUUGUAUGGAGAAUUGAUCGUCCCCUUUCCUCUUGAUAUUUCUAUUAAGUUAAAACUGCAGGACAGUUAAAGUAUAAUAUAUAGAAGGGAGAAGCAAUAGGAGACUAAAGUAGAAAGCAGUUCGGCGAAUUCGAUUGGCGGAUACAAUGUUUACAGGUCGAUAUAACUACAUCGCGAGACCUUCCGCUAGCGUCUAUGUCUAACUCAAAACUGGCGUCCCAUUUGGUUUAUUUCAGACUGACAUGACUACCGCCGCUGCGGCGAACUGUGCUUUCUAGUUUAGGCACAGAACAAAUAAUAGUACUACCGUACAGAAAGGAAACUUCCUACAAAACCGAAGUUUGACAGCGGUUCAGGGUCGAAUCAUGCUAUCCCUUUCUAAUAUAUUGGCACUAUCCCUUUCGGCUAUUUAGGGUUGUCAAAAUUCAAGUCAUUAUCUUAUCUGUGGUCGUGCACGCAAAGGGACGUCAAGUUGUGCCAACCCUAAUAAUUGCUCGGAGCAAUGCUGAGCCGAACGGAGCCGAGUUUGUCCGAAGCGAGGAGUUUCGCACCCCUGCUUUAGGGCGGCGACGUCAACGAUACACCUAUCACCUUACAAAAACACCAUGCGGCCAGAGAAAUCUUAGUCGUAAUAAAAACCCAUGAUUGACUUUCAACUGUGCACUUUAAUUUCUUACAGGUUUGGAAUUACCCUUUUUAUAGUAAUACUUUUCACCGCAAAUUUAGGCAGUGCUUUAAAUAAAAUCUGGAAAUAAGCAGUAUCUGCCUAUACAAAUAUUGACUAUGCACAAUCGGCGGGCUAGCUUUAAAAGGGCCCACUGACUAUCAGUCCGCCAAACUAUAUCGGCCUGUCAGUUGUUCGGAACUGUCAAAUUUUUGUUCUAACACAGGCCGAUAUCGUCCGGCGGACUAGUAGUUAGUUGAGGCCCUUAAAAGUGAAUAGUGGACGACCGCUUCUACAUACUAACGUAGUCCCUAUUUUUCUCUAGAUAUUGAUAUCAUGGAAAAUAUUUUUACUCAGUUAUACAGGCUGAUUUCUGGGUCGUGUAGCAAGAGAACAAGCCAUCAUACAGAAUUCAAAGAUGAGCCUAAUGGUAAUGAUGUUGUUUAAUAUAUGCUAAUGUGCACCAUUUACAGUCAGAAAAAGUGGUUUUAGAUCACGGCCCAGAAAUUACCCUGUAUAUUAACAAUAUAACAAUAGAUAUUCGUUUAACUUUUUUUGAUUUUGUGAUUAUUAUCAGUUUUAGGAACGAAACUCAAAUUCCAUACAUAUUUUUAAAAGUUUACUCCUAUAAUUAUUAAAAAAUCUAAUGAAGGGGCAAUAGCUAUGGUUAACAUUCAUUAUCAUCAAAUUGUUUAAAAAUAUUUUCUGUAAUGUUAAUAUCCAGAGAGGAAAAUGGUGACUACGUUUGUAUGGAGAAGCGUUCGUGCCCUUUCCUCUUACCUGGUUGUACAUAGAGUUUAGCAGUUCUGUCGCUGGUUCUAGGGUUGGUGGCUGGUUUUCGCUUAGACUGUUUGCUUUCAUUUGGCAAAUCAACUUAAAUACAAAUUUUGUAGUUCUAUCUAAUAUCAGUUUAUAUAUGAAGUAUGAACACAGUUUGUAAGAUAUUAGUUUAUGUUAUUUUAGUGUUAGAAGUACGACUACAUUAUCAAAAUGAAAGAAAAAGCCGCUAUCGCGAUUUCGAUUUUUCUAAGACCAUACAUAAUGUACAGUAAGGUGUUAUAAGACUUGAAUGUUAAUUAUUAAGUAAACUGUACAUCUAUGAAUGCCCUCACGAGUCGUCCAACACAAGUUGUAUAUAUUAGUACGUACGAACUUGGUGUGUUAAAUGUGUACAAGAUAUAUGUAUAGGUGUAUCACAUAUACAUUAAACAUUGAAUCACUUAUCAUUUAGUGAAACUGAGUGUGUUCACUCGUAGGUGGCGUUAUAGUAUAAAUCAUGUCUCUUCACCGUACAUUAAUGUAGAAUCUUUACUUGUCCUGUGGACAAGUAUAAAGAGUAGUUGCUAUCAAAAUCUUGCCUAAAGAUCUAUAUUUAAUAAAAACUGUAAAAAAUUCCGGAAUUGUACUAGAAUGCGUCUUUUUCUUGGACGUGUAAAUGUUUUCACGUCUAGGAUUUUUAAAUAAUUUAUUAACGUUCUCACAUUCAAUACAAUAAUUGUGUAUUUUUAGAUACUAUUGACUGUCAAAUAGAAAUAGAGAAACCGUUAUUAAAUAUAUUUGAAAUUAAAAUACGUAUUCGUGCUGGAGCACUAAAGGUUGUGUAAAUACUUAUAAGGCUUCAAUAAAUCAAAGGAGCUUGAAGCACAUGCAUUGGCCUCAGCCAAUGUUUGACCAAACUGUACAAAUGUUUUAAUCAAGUUCUGCAGAACUUGCCCUAAAUAGUAUUUGUAAAUAGGAAAAAAUUAAUUGUAUAUAAGCACAGUAGCGUUUGUAGCAUGCACGAGUUAAUAUAUUUUUUGAUUGCCAAAGAAUUUUCGUGUCGAUUGCUCAUUAUUUUAGUCAUUAACCGUUAAAACCAUUACGCUAGAAUUCUAAGGUUUUAUAUCCAACCAACCAAUAACAAAUAUACGAAACGAGGUAAAUCAGAAAUUGAGCUUAUUUCCCUUUCCAAAUUGUUGGUAGAAAUCCCCUUCGUAAUAAAAUAACAAUGAUUUUCUCUUCUCAGCUGGGAUAAGUCUUUGUGUUAUUUGAAUGAUAAAUUGUCAAUUAUUUUUAAAUGUUAUUGAAGCUCAUCGUCCCAAUUUGGGCCAGAGGUUGAUAAAAGAAAUUUAGUUUGCAAUUAUAAAUACACAAAGUAUUCAAUUCAAUAUUGUUAAUUAUUAGUUUUUUGUAAAUCUUCUCUUUCUGGUAGUGAUUUGGUUGGAUUAUAUAUUUUACUGGUUAUUGCUUUCAUGGGAAUUUUUGCAAUUAGUUCAUACUUAUAUAUUACGUUAAAAUAAAUUAUUAUAUAGAUAAACGAGUAUACGAGGAAAUUAUCUGUAUUCUGUCUACUUCUAGUGGUAUGGAUAAAAGUAACGGUUAUACUCGUAUAUAAUAUAAGUGUUUAGUACGUGACGUGACAUUGACUGGACAUCCUUUAAUGGCACGUUUUACGUUAUUGCACAUUGCACACUAAUAAAACGAUAGAUAAUUAUGUUAAUAAUUAUAAAAUAUACAGAUUUUGCAACAUUGAUCCUUAUGUAGACGCAACUUAAUAAAAAAUAUUCAAAUUCAUUUUGUAUAAAAAAAAACUCAAUUUCUGCGCCUAAAGUCUAAAAUAGGUUUAAAAAAAUAAUGGCACAUAUUUUUAUAAAAUCGAGUAUGAGAUGACUCAGAUGACAGAUAGCCUUUGCAGAUGCCUUAUACACUGUACCUCGGAUCGGGAAGAAUUCGGACACAGGUUGUGUGUGAAAGCAAAUAAUAAUUGAAAAGUUGUGAUUUGUUUCCAUUGAUAAUAAACAGUACUGUCCAUUUGUGUGCGCUACAUUAGUAAUAUAUUCAGUGAGUAUCAAUUUUGUCUAUACGGAAAAAAGUUUUUUUUUUUUUUUCACUCGUUUUUGAACAUCAUUUCCGCAUUGAUACUGACUGUUAGUAAUAAAAUCGACUAUAGUUAAUCAUAAUUGACAAUAUCAGCGUGCUUGGGAGUUUGAAUGUAAAGGAAAAGCUGAAUCAGAAGAGAUAAUUUUUGCUUUUCUGAUUGAUCUAUUCCCCAGAAAUGUCCUAAAAUGGGCUUGUCAGUGCCUAGAAUUAACGUAUUGAUAUAAACAAACGUGAAAGCCCUUGUAAGUAUUAGGAAUCGCACUAAGAAUUAUUUUUAUUUAUUAAUCUAAAUAUUUACGUUACGUAUAAUAGUUUUAAAUGUAGAUAAAUUCGCAACUUGUAGUAACUAGUGGUUAAUAAAUGUCAUUAUUAAUCUUGAAUGUUCUUUAAUGGGAGUCUUAUAAUUCUUGAGAAGUUGAGACCAUUCUUAAUUAUCUUAAAAUUAUCUCGAUUUAGUAAUUAAGUCUGUAAGUAAUAGGUGUCUUAUUCGUUUAGACGGACUGUAGCUAAAAGUAAGGUUUCUGUUCAACUUGAGACGUUAUAUAAUUUACAAUUUUAUUCGUUAAUGCUUUGUAAAAAUGUUUUCAUCACACUCGCUCAGUAAAUGUGGAAUUGCACGCAGGCUUAGCGGGAACUAUAGAAAAAGCGUUUUCCCUAGGGAGUUAUGAAGUUUCUAGUAUUAUAAUUAACAGUUUUUUUGUCUUUAUACUUCAUUUAUGUAUCGCGUAUAUAUAAGUGUGAUGAAAAACAUUGUGUGUAACUCGGGUCGUAAUAAUAUUGCAAACUCGAGACUAUAAACCGCUCCGGCAAGCCGUCGCGAUUUAACUAUACUCUCGUUUGCAAUAUUUAACUUACGCCCCAUGUUGCACAAUGUCAAUGUCGGCUCCGCACCUCACAUACGAGUAUGAAAUUAUUAGUAGGUAACGGUUGAAUUGCUUCGAAAAUGGAAAUUAAUAAGUGUACCUACAGUCUACACCUACCCAUUUCGAUCCCAUAAGAGUUUUCGUUAAGUUACCUGCACUGUUUAUGCAAUAUUUGAUUAACUUCGUAUUUUAUUGGAUUUAGAAAGCAUAGUAUGGCUUGUAAUCUUUUUAAAACACCUUCAUAGAAAUAUUUGUCUGCUCGGUCUCAGAGGUAUCAGAAAAAAGCGGCCGAUAAGCACAAGGAUUUUCUGAUACGUAUAUUGCAGCGUUUUUUUAAAUAAAUAUUUAAAACCUGAUUUUCAAACCUGGACAUUAUUGGGCUUAGUCUACUCAGAAUCGACAGCAUCCAUUAAUAAGGGUUCCUUUUGUACCUUUUUGGUACGGAACCCUAAAAAAAGAUGUCCCAAAAUGUCCAUUCCAUUACGUCACGCUUUUAGUACGAAUUUUUUUGAAGUAAAACUUCUUUAGGCGCGACUACAGGGUAACUCAGAUUUAUUUUCUGACGGAAGUAACGCUCAGUAGUGACACACGCACAAUAGGACACACGUCAAAAUACCAACAUAGCGAUAAACGUCAUCGUCAAAGAAGUUUAACUUCAAUCGCGCAUAAAGAUUACACGCACACACUUUUUUUCACUUGUAUGUGCGUGACGUAGUGGAAUGUACAAUUUUCAUACAAAUUUUUUGGGACUUUUUUUUCAUCUGGAUUGAAUAUGCCAGUGAUUCUGAGUUGAAACAACCCAAAAACACAAGGAUCUGUGAGAAUCAGAUCAUUGUCGCUGUUGGCAGAGCAGAGUGGGCCGUGGUCGAAACGCCUUCGUGCUUUCUUCUGGCUGGUUAUGGACAAAUUAUAAACGGCGUAUUAUAUUGAUUUGCCCCAACCUAUUUCAAUAGCAAUGUUUUGCAAAUUGCGGAGAACUUCCAUACCGUUUAGCUACAGUACUAGGUCUGAUACAUGAGCUUAAACUUUGUACCAAGUAGGUAAGUGUAUAUUUGUUCCGAUGUCAGAUGUUUAAUUGAGCAACGAAUUGGACUGCAUUCCUGUGUAUACUGUUAACAUAUAUAAAAAAACUAUUAUUUAUGUAAGAUUUUCAAGUAUAAGCAAAGAAAGAAAGUGACGAAGAGGUGAAAAAAAUAGUUUGUUUUGACAGCUGAACUAGGUAGCACUGUAAUACCUGGUUUUUUUCCCCUUAUUAAUUCUUUGUCUGCUUUGAAUUCUUUGUCUAUGCUUUGAGCAACUCUUUUUUAUCCAUCUUUCGUAUGUUGCUGUGUCAAAAAAAUUGCCAUUUAUAUAGCGAUCAUGACUAAUAGGUACAGUUGCCAUCAGAUUUAUUGGAGCGGUCAAGGUGCUCACAAGUAUCUGAGCACGCCUCUAUUGUCAAGGCGUUAGAGUGCGUGUUCAGAUAUUUGUGAACACUGGCCGCUCCGAUAUAUCUGAUGGCGACUGUACAUGUUUAAGUUGAAUAUGAGGUGCUCUAAACAGUGCCUAAGCAUGCUAAAGGUUUACGACAACCAAAAAUUCAAAUGCUCCGAUUAAAUUUUGUAAAGAAUGCAUAAAAAAUGUUAUUAUAUUUAAAAAUAAAUGUGAUGGCGGCGUAUUCAGCAAAGUAAUAUGUGAUGUAUACUUAAUGUUAAUAUCGUAUGUGCCUCGUCACUGAAGUGUUUUUUUUGUAAAAUAUGAGUGAGCCGAAAUAACAAAACACGUGUCCAUUACUUUAUCAUGUUCCCCAACAUAUAAUAAAACCUGUAAUUUACUAGCAAUUUGCUUGAACAAAACCCUCUACAGAAGUUAGAGGGUUAGGUCAUUUUUCAGUACUUUGGAGGACAAUUUCUUCCAAUAGGUUGUUUUGGCAGCUAAAAAAAAUAUGUCUGUUAUUUGAGACUACUAUUUAACAUAUAUAAAAAUAAAUCGAAUCGGAGCCGGACAGUUGGGUAUCUUUCCUUGUGUGUGCCUCCUGAACAGAAAGUGUUCAUAAACUCUAGGACGGAACAGUACUGCCAAUCUCUUUUCGUUAUGUUAUGAUAAUAAUAUAUCGUUAGAUAUAAUAUAGAUUGUUUUUUUUUAUUAUCACCUGG